UUUAAUGUAUUGAAGGUUACGAGGAACUGUAGGGAGGUGUGAAGAGGGUGUACACGAGUUAAUUUAAGGUCACCUUCAACGACAGAAGUGGCCGGAACGACGUGCAGGUGACUUCUGUCAGUACUCUUAAACAAUUAAGUAUAUGUCAGACACUCAUCCAAAAAAAAUGGCAGACGAACAUGCAUCAACAAAAUUCAUAAAGCCCGGAAGUCAUAAAGGCAAAGGGCUGGCAGUAUUCACUAGUGGAGGUGACUCACAAGGUAUGAAUGCGGCUGUGCGUGCCGUUGUGCGUAUGGGUAUUUACUUAGGCUGCAAAGUAUUCUUCAUAAAGGAAGGAUAUCAAGGUAUGGUAGAUGGAGGAGAUAAUAUUGUCGAAGCAACUUGGUCUUCCGUAUCUUGCAUCAUCCAUCGAGGUGGUACCGUAAUAGGUUCAGCAAGAUGCAUGGAAUUUAAAGAACGUGCUGGACGUUUGAUAGCUGCUAAAAAUUUAGUCACACGCGGUAUUACAAACUUAGUCGUAAUUGGUGGUGAUGGUUCAUUAACUGGCGCUAAUUUAUUUAAAACCGAGUAUCGUGAUCUGUUGAAGGAAUUAGAGAGCACAGGUCAAAUAAAUGCUGAACAAGUUGAAAAAUAUUGUCAUCUUCAUAUCGUGGGUAUGGUAGGUUCUAUAGAUAAUGAUUUCUGUGGGACAGAUAUGACAAUUGGUACAGACUCAGCGUUACAUCGUAUAAUAGAGAGCAUUGAUGCAAUCGUCAGUACUGCGUACUCGCAUCAACGAACAUUUAUUAUGGAGGUCAUGGGUCGUCAUUGUGGCUACCUGGCUCUAGUGGCAGCUAUGUGUUCCGAAGCCGACUUUGUAUUCAUCCCAGAGUGGCCACCAGAGCGUGACUGGCCAAACAAGCUCUGCAAAAAAUUAUUGCAGGAACGUCUUACGGGUCAACGUUUGAAUAUUAUAAUCGUUGCGGAAGGAGCAGUUGACAGAAAUGGAGAUCCAAUUACUGCUGAAAAAAUUCGUGAAGUUGUCGUUAAUAAAUUGCAACAAGACACCCGGAUAACUGUACUCGGUCACGUGCAACGUGGUGGUAAUCCUUCAGCUUUUGACAGAAUUUUGGGUUGUAGAAUGGGUGCAGAAGCUGUGAUGGCUUUGAUGGAAGCAACAUCUGAAACCGAAGCCUGUGUUGUUACUCUUGAUGGAAAUCAAGCGGUCCGUUUACCUUUGAUGGAUUGUGUCAAUCGUACUAAAGCCGUAGCUCAGGCUAUGGCUGAUAAAAAUUGGGAUCUUGCUGUUCAAUUACGUGGAAAAGGUUUUGCCCGUAACUUGGAAACUUACAAAAUGCUUACAAGAUUAAAAGCUCCAAUCGGUUCUCAAGACACCAAGAACAGCAUCGAACACGUCUUAACAAAGCAAUUAACACUAUGUGGUCAAGAUCAAUAUACUCUUGCGGUAUUGCACGUUGGUUCUCCAUCGUGUGGAAUGAACGCAGCCGUAAGAUCGUUUGUAAGAAAUUGUAUCUACAGAGGAGACAAAGUCUAUGGUGUUUGUGACGGUGUCGCAGGUUUAGAAGCUGGCAAAGUUAAGUUAAUGGAUUGGGCAUCUGUAACAGGAUGGGUCGCUCAAGGUGGAGCUUAUCUUGGUACAAAACGUGCGCCUCCCAAAGAAGAUCAGUUGCCACAAAUAGCUGCCCGUUUGAAGGAACUUGGUAUUCAAGCUUUGCUCGUUAUUGGUGGGUUCGAAGGUUACCAGACGUGUCUUUCGUUCAUAGACGCACGUAAAAAAUUCCCUGAAUUUAAAAUACCUAUUGCAAUGAUACCUGCGACCAUCAGUAACAAUGUUCCUGGAACUGAAUUUUCUCUCGGUUGUGACACGGCAUUGAAUGAAAUUACAGAGAUUUGCGACCGUAUUCGUCAAUCAGCACAAGGAACAAAACGCCGUGUAUUUAUUAUUGAAACUAUGGGCGGCUAUUGUGGUUAUUUGGCAACUCUUGCUGGUCUUGCAGGUGGUGCAGAUGCAGCUUAUAUCUUUGAAGAAAAAUUCAAUAUUAAAGAUUUGAAUCGAGAUGUUGUCGCUAUGGCUGCUAAAAUGUCUGAAGGUGUUCAACGAGGUCUUAUUCUAAGAAAUGAAAGUAGUAAUCUUAAUUAUAACACCGAUUUCAUGCAAAGAUUGUUCAGUGAGGAAGGAAAAGGCUUGUUCAGUUGUCGCUCUAACAUCAUUGGUCAUAUGCAACAAGGUGGAUCACCUACACCAUUUGAUCGUAACUUAGGUACUAAAAUGGGAGCGAAAGCUGUUGAAUGGUUUACUGAUCAACUUAAAAAACAUACAUCACCUGACGGUGUUGUAAACGCUUCUACUCCUGAUACUGCUGUUAUGUUAGGUAUCAUCAAACGUCAGUACAAAUAUACUCCAUUGUCAGAUCUUGAAGAACAAACUGAUUUCGAACAUCGUAUUCCUAAACAGCAAUGGUGGAUAAAACUUCGUCCCUUGUUGAAAGUACUCGCUAAACACGAGUCGACUUAUGAAGAAGAAGGAUUAUAUAUAUCCGUAGAAGAAAUGGAUCAAGGAGAACCUAUGGUUUAAAAUUAAAAAAUUUAUAUUAAUCAUUAAAAUUCAUUAUUUUCACGUAUAGAAAUACUUACAUAUUUUGUGUCAUAUUUAAUUAUGUCGGUUAUUGUAAGAUCGAUGCAGGAAGUACUAAAUAAUUUUACAGCUCAGUAUUCAAAGCUGAUAUAUUUAUUUUAAUUAAUUAAUAGAAGUCAUGAGUCACAAAAUAACUCAAAAUCAUUUUAUUUAACCAUUUUUUUGUUUGUAUGAGAGAGAGAGAGAGAAAGAGUGUUUAAAAUAGUUCACGUGCUUCGAAACUCGUCACUUGAGAAGCUUUUUAUCCAACAAUGCUUUUAAAUCAAUGAGUACAAGUUGAGAAUAAUUUUGCCGAAUAUUGAAUCAUUUUUAAGCUAUAGACUUAUUGUUACACUCGUCAAUCGGUUGUUUAUUGUCAUUAACUUAUUUAUUUAAAUUAGUAGUCAGCUAGGCAUAGACUUUUUUUCUUCUAAGCGUAGAAUUCAAUAAUUCUACUUAUUCUUCUCUUAAAUGAUAAUUUUAUUUUCUCAAUAUUAUUUUGAACGUUACUCAAAGCUAUGAGAGGCUAUUUGGAUAAUACACUUGUCUACCUCAUAAAAAACAAAGAGAAAAGGAGAAAAAUAAAUAUACAUAAAA